AUGGCGGCAACGUUGACCUUGGAGCCCGCCGGCCGCAGCUGCUGGGACGAGCCUUUGAGCGUCGUGGUGCGCGGCCUGGCGCCGGAGCAGCCGGUCACGCUGCGGGCAUCCCUGCGCGACGAGAAGGGCGCGCGCUUCCGGGCCCACGCGCGCUACCGCGCCGGCGCCGGCGGCGAGCUGGACCUGGCGCGCGCGCCCGCGCUGGGCGGCAGCUUCGCGGGGCUGGAGCCCAUGGGGCUCUUCUGGGCCCUGGAGCCCGAGAAGCCCUUCCUGCGGCUGGUGAAGCGGGACGUGCAGACGCCCUUCGCCGUGGAGCUGGAGGUGCUCGACGGCCACGAGCCUGACGGAGGACGGCUCCUCGGCCGGACGGUGCACGAGCGCCACUUCCUGGCGCCCGGGGUGCGGCGGGAGCCGGUGCGCGCGGGCCGGGUGCGCGGCACGCUCUUCCUGCCGCCAGAACCCGGACCUUUUCCUGGGAUUGUGGACAUUUUUGGAGUGGGAGGUGGCCUUCCAGAAUAUCGAGCUAGUCUCCUGGCUGGGAAAGGUUUUGCUGUGAUGGCUCUGGCUUAUUAUGGCUAUGAAGACCUCCCCAAGAGCGUAGAAACCCUCCACCUGGAGUACUUUGAAGAAGCUGUGAACUACCUGCUUAAUCACCCUCAGGUGAAGGGCCCAGGAGUUGGGCUGCUCGGGAUCUCCAAAGGAGGCGAUCUCUGCCUCUCCAUGGCCUCGUUCCUGAAGGGCAUCACGGCGGCGGUCGUCAUCAACGGCUCCGUGGCCAAUGUCGGAGGGACCUUACACUACAAGGAUGAGACCUUGAAACCGCUAGGUUUCGACCUCGCUCGCGUCAAGGUGACCAAAGAUGGCUUUGCAGACAUUUUGGAUGCCCUGAACAACCCUUUGGAAGGACCUGACCGGAAGAGCCUCAUUCCUGUGGAAAGGGCCGAGAGCGCCUUCCUGUUCCUGGUAGGCCUGGAUGACCACAACUGGAAGAGUGAAUUCUUUGCCAACGAGGCCUCCAAACUCUUGCAGGCCCACGGCAAGGAGAAGCCGCAGGUCAUCUGUUACCCACAAGCGGGGCACUACAUCGAGCCUCCGUACUUCCCCCUGUGCCGGGCUUCCCCGCACUCCCUGGUGGGCAAAAAUGUCAUUUGGGGAGGAGAGCCCCAGGCUCAUGCCAUGGCCCAAGUGGAUGCUUGGAAGCAACUCCAGGCUUUUUUCCACAAACACCUGGGGUAA